UAUCUGUCGCCGGAAAGAAGUUUCCUUGUCGGCUUAAAAAUGUAUGAGCCGUACAAGAAACACUUCCCAUGGUUGAUUCCCUGUUUCGUUCUGGCCAACAUUGGCCUCUUCAUCUUCUCUAUGUACAUAAAUGACUGUCCAAGUACUCAUGGUUCCAAUCAUUGUAUCGGUGUCAAUACCCUUGGUCGUUUCGCCUUCCAAAGCCUCAAGGUGAACCCCCUCCUUGGACCUUCUAGUGAUACGUUGGUGUCUAUGGGGGCUCUUGAUGUACAAAGAGUGGUGAAGAAACAUGAAGUAUGGCGGCUGUUGACAUGCAUGUGGUUACAUGCCGGGGUGUUUCAUGUCAUGGCUAAUAUGUUUAGUCUGGUUUUUGUUGGCAUUCGACUUGAGCAAGAGUUUGGCUGUUUGAAAGUCGGGCUACUCUACAUUAUAUCGGGAAUUGGUGGGAGCUUGUUGUCGGCUUUGUUUGUUCAUGAUACUAUCUCUGUCGGGGCUUCUGGUGCUUUGUUUGGUUUACUCGGGGGAAUGCUUUCCGAACUCCUCACAAAUUGGACAAUAUAUGCUAAUAAGUUGGCAGCAUUGAUGACACUAAUUACAAUCAUCAUAAUUAAUCUAGCUGUGGGGAUCUUACCUCAUGUGGACAACUUUGCACAUCUUGGGGGAUUCUUCUCUGGUUUUCUCCUCGGGUUUGUUUUCUUGUUACGUCCACAAUAUGCGUAUGAGAAGCAAAGACACGAUGGUUUUCUUGGCAAGAACAAGGCCAAGUCCAAAUAUAAGAAGUAUCAAUUCCUACUUCUUGUUAUUUCUCUAUUGCUUCUAAUUACAGGCUUUGCAAGCGGGAUCUAUUUGCUUAUUCGAGGAGUUAAUGGAAAUGACCAUUGUUCUUGGUGCCACUACUUGAGUUGCGUCCCGACCCCCAUAUGGAGUUGCAAACGUGAACAAUAUUUUUGCGAGUCUAUAACUACGGAUACACAACUUACCUUAAAAUGCAAAAGCAAUGGGAGGUCUAAGGUUUAUCAUUGGCCCUUGCCAGACAACACUUCUUCUGAACUAGGCCAAUUGUGCUCUCAGCUUUGUUCUUGAUCAGAAUAAUCCUCUUCAUCUCGGUCACACAUGCCCAAGCAAGAUGCCACCACAAAAAAAAGAUAUGAAUGUCAUGUAUAUGAAUCAAAAAUUUUAAUAUAUAUCUUGCUUGAUUCUUAAUGUUGCCUCUGUAUGCUUAAUUAUGGUCCAAUAUUUAAAG